AUGGAUAAGGAUCAGACAGCUUGCAACUUCAUAAAGUUCAUUGAUGAUGCUCCAUCCCCCUAUCACGCAGUAGCAGUGUUGGCUGCACAGCUCGAUAAGAAGGGCUACAAGCAGUUGUCCGAGACAACAAAGUGGGACGUCAAGCCAGGCAACAAGUACUACUUCAUUCGUAAUCAGAGCUGUAUCUCUGCCUUUGCCGUCGGUGCCAAGUUUGUCGGAGGCAAUCCAUUCGCUAUUGCUGCCGCUCACACAGAUUCACCAAACCUUAGAGUGCGACCAAUCUCAAAGGCUGACUCGGUGGGAUACCUCCAGGUCGGUUGUGAGAUGUACGGUGGUGGCUUGUGGUACACUUGGUUCGAUCGCGACCUUACUGUGGCUGGAAGAGUGAUUGUUCGUGUGUCAGAGGGCGUGUUUGAGUCCAGGUUGGUGCAUGUCAAGCGCUCACUUCUCAAGAUCCCAUCGCUGGCCAUUCAUCUCGAUCGCUCGGUCAACACCGAUGGCUUCAAGUACAACACCCAGAACCAUCUGGUGCCAAUCAUUGCCAGCCAGGUCGAGUCUAAGCUGGUCGGUGCCGAGUGUGGCGCCGCAGACAAGCACCACCCCCUGCUGCUGCAGGUGCUCGCCGACGAGCUCAAGUGCAAGGUCGAGGACAUCCAGAACUUUGAUCUCUCUGUCUGCGACACGCAGCCAGCCGCCAUCGGUGGUGCUCUCUACGAGUUCAUCCACGCUCCACGUCUCGACAAUCUGAACAUGUCGUACUGCUCCGUGCAGGCACUGCUCAACGUCUCGGACGAGCAUCUCAAGAACGAGGAGAGCGUGCUCGCCGUCGUGCUCUUUGACAAUGAGGAGGUCGGCUCGUCGUCCCCACAGGGCGCCUGCGCUCCACUCAUCACUGACACUGUGCAGCGUGUCAACCUCUGCUUCGCCAGCAACACAGACGACGUCAACCAGCUGUCGGACCUCUCGCUGCGCAAGUCGUUCCUCAUCUCUGCCGACAUGGCGCAUGCCGUGCACCCCAACUACGUGUCGCACCACGAGCCACUGCACCGUCCACAGAUGAACAAGGGCCCAGUGAUCAAGUACAACUGUAACCUUCGCUACGCCACCGACAGCACAUCGGCAUUCAUCGUGCUCGAGAUUGCCAAGCGCAACAACAUCCCCGUCCAGGAGUUCCUCGUCAAGAACGACUCGCCAUGUGGCUCGACCAUUGGUCCCAUCAUCUCUGGUGCCUACGGUAUCAAGACCGUCGACAUUGGCAGCCCACAGCUCAGCAUGCACAGCAUCCGCGAGACCUGUGGCACCAAGGAUCUGACCCACGCCAUCAACCUCUUUAGCAAGUUCUUUGAGCAGUACACUCAGCUCUACCAGAAUGUCCACAUCGACACCAUGUAA